GAUUUUAGACGAAAAAUCUCAAGCAGCCACAUUGAAUCGUGACAUUUAGUUGCACUAAAAAGAAUAAAUUUUCACAGCUCUUUCGGAGACCUCAAGUAAUUUAUAAUAAACAUUUCCCAUGUCUAAAAAAGGCAAAGAAAAAACCAUGACGUACAAAUUGGAAACUGCGCCCUUCGAUCCACGCUUCCCCAACCAGAACGUGACUCGCUAUUGUUAUCAAUCAUACAUUGACUACCAUCGCUGCCAGAAGGUGCGCGGAGAAAGCUACGAGCCAUGCAACUAUUUCAAGAAAGUAUUCUCAUCGAUGUGCCCCAAUGCAUGGGUGGAAAGAUGGAAUGAUCAACGCGAUGCCGGUACUUUCCCUGGCAGAAUCUAAAUAGGCAUUUUUCUGUGUGUGGCAGUAAACAACAAACCCACAUCCUUGCCUUUGCGCUGAAGGGAGAAAUUCUAGCAACACUACCAACUAAAACAUAAUACACUCCCACAUCUAUAUAAUUAUGUAUUAUUUACGUAGAAAGUUGUUUCAAUAUGCGAAGCAGAUACAGGCUAUUCGGCAGUAAAAAUUCUAAUUGAAACUGAAAGAGUUAUGUAAUGAUAAAUAAAUAAAUAGAUAAAAUGAAAAA